AUUCGAGUCGCGAGGUAGUUUACGAUGCGUUCAAUACAGAAAGUUGUCGCCUGUCGAUGGUAUGGAAAGUUUAACAUUCGCAGUUGAACGCCAAAAGUAGACGCCCUGCUUUUUUUUUCUCCAACAUGUUGCCAUCGAAAACUAUUGUUUUGACUCGUGUCCGCGUAUAAAUUAUCGUCGUAAAAAAAACGCACCAUUUUUUUAACCAUCUAUAUUAACAUGUGACUGGCUCGGUGAUCAAUUUAAAUUGUUCGCGAUGGGUCGACGACGCGAUAAAUCUAAACCGCGAGUGAUACCGGAGCAAGAUAGAAAGAUAUGUGGUACUAUAUGCAUCUGCCAGAUGACCAUGGUGCUGAGCUGCGUAUCUUUCGUGUAUCUCGGAGUAGCCAUUUAUUUCCCAUCGCAUAAAGCUUUCAAUAUUGGAAUGUAUCCGUCGCCAGUUAUGUGCCAAACGGUUAACAGCAGUCUUUCGAAAAAUUGCUCGUGGGCUUCGUGCGGAGAAUGGUGUUUGACCAAGACGACCGGAUUUUGCCCCCAGUUCUACGUCAUGGUCAGACAGAACGGAACCAACAUGAUGUUCGAAAAUUGCACCCGGAUGGCUACCAUACCAUGCCCUCCGGCUAACGAAGAAAUACCGAAAAAAUUCAACUGCAAUAAUCCAUUAGAAUGUGCCAAUCUGACGGGUAUAUUCAAAUGUCGUCUAGGACACUGUACCAAUUUAUCGGAAAUUUAUUACUGUAGGCAUCAGACUCUAAAUGGCUCCGUUAUAAAUAGCGAUACAGAUAAUUUGAAACUUAACGGAUUAUUCGACUGUUAUCGAGCCAAAUGUCUACAAAUCAAACAUAAAUUUAAAUGCGACCGUUAUUGCGCCAAAAUCACGACACCAACUUCAAACAUUUAUCUUAAAAGUGAAGACAACCUAUUUACCGCCGAAUGUAAAAAGGCUAUCGCGUUUAAUGAAGCCAAAGGUCGAGAACCAAGUGAACCGGUCCCUGCUACCGAGAUUUGGACUGAAGAGAAAGCUGGAGGAGCUUUGUUUGGAUCAUGUACCGAUAUAUCCAAGACAAAUGAUAAUACUUUUCAUGCCUGGGACUGUAUAAAUGGUACGGUUGUGCAAGAUGUAGCGAUACCUCAACCAUACAUGAAUUUCACACAAUUCUGGGGAAUAUAUAAUAACAGCACCAAAGAACUAGAUCCAACUCAACGUUUCAUGCCAAUGCAAUACAACCUCGCAAUUUACAAUAAAUCAAAAUUAUAUAUAAAUUUGGAAGGCUGCGUCAACACUUUACGAGGAGAAUGUAAAGAAUUCGCUCGAACUCACGGUAGAAAUGGUAGCGAUGACACAGCAGACAGCAGAUUCACUUGUUACUAUAACAAGAACAAUUCGGAGUUCGCUUUGGCUAGAUUCGACUUGAAUAAAACCUGGUUAGAGCUGAUGAUCGCAGUUUGCGUGCCAGGCACAUUGUUUAUAGUUUCAUUUGUAACUUUGAUGAUAAUUACGCAAACUGUUCGAGUCGGAGACGAUGCGAGAAUGCGUUGCAAAUGGUGCAACGAUGCCAACACCGGUGAUACCGAUUUACGAUACGAAGCGAUCGAGAAAACCGACGAAGAUAAAGAUAUACGAUUUCGAGAAUCUGAUAAUAACGAAGUAGCAAUGCAACAUUUGAGUUCGCAUUCUAAAAAAGAAGAAUCAAAAAUAAAUUUACUCGAUACCGAGAAUCCUAAUUAUGUGAAUGCCUAAAAAUUACCUACUGUAACUUUUUUUUCAAGGGUAUAUGAAAGAGGGUUUUUCUAAUUUAACAUUUUUUUCCAUUUUAUUUUCAUUACUUCGAGCUUUUUUUUGGUUUUUCAUUUUACCUAUUUUAUUAUGUAUUUACUAUCUCUUUCGUAUUUUAAUUAUUAAUUAAGAAUUUACUUUUUUAAAAAUGUGCUAAUAUGACAAUCUGACAUUAUUUACACAACAUUUUUACUCUUUUAAUAUUAUACUCUUCAUAAAAGCUCAAAUUAUUACCGUAUUUUCCGUUUGAAAAAAUAAUAUACGAAUUUGCUAAU